AUGUCUAAUCGACUCUAUAUUCUCCUCGCUGGUCUCUUAUUCCUGACAACUUUCGGGUUAACUGGUGUCAUUGUACUUCCCAUCAGUGUCAUAUGCUUUUUAGCAGGCUUUCUGUACAUCGUUUAUCAAACGGGUCUCGAAAAAUCUGCAAAACUUGAAACAAAACUAGCGGAUGGAUUGAAGAAAUUCAAGUUUCCCACCGGAAUCGAGCAGCUCUUGAAAAAUGGAAAACGACAGAAAGAACAAAAUCAAUAUGUACAAGUUCACUCGAUGAGUAACUCUCCGCAGAUAGAUCUCGUUCUAGAACAGAUUCUUGACAAUAUCACCAGAGAUUACAUUGGAUUCUGGUAUAAAAACUUAUCGAAUGACUCAUUAUUUGAGCACAGCUUGAAAAGAACUUCUCGGCGGUCAAUAGCGUCAUUGACUCAAUGUCUUCGACAAGUAGAAUGGGUUCCGCUUAUUACAAGAGAUGUUGUGGACGAUUUCGCUUCACAUUUGCGUCUUUUCCGGAAGGCUAAAGAGAGAACUGCGUUUCAAAUUAAAGAAGAUGACAAAAAACGGACACCAGAAGACUUGGAAGCAGAAUUACUCAGUAAUUUCUUCGAUUUUGAGCUGGAAAUGGAGAAGAAUUUGUGUAGAGAUCUUCUCUCAACAACACCUCAUUACGAGAAUGCGUAUCUCCAUGAUUUAGUCGACAUUAUUCUAUAUCUCGUUAUGCCGCCGGAAGAUUUCAGAUGUCGUCCGCUAAGAUUUUUACUUCGAGAAGUUGUUGUUCGAAAAGUGAUUCUCCCGACUCUUGACUAUCUAUCCAAUCCAAAUGAGAUAUUCCAAUUAAUUGUUUGGCUAUUGAGUGAAGUCGAACCGAAACCCGAUGAUUUUCUGGCUUGUCUUUCAAGUUCUACGUGUAUUGAGGAGUUGGAAGCUGUUUAUCGUUCGAUUAUUGAUGAGAAGACAGUGAUGAGAGGCAAAGAUUCGGGAGGGGAACAAGAUACAUUCGUAAAACAACAAUUGGCAAGCCUUCAAUUUGUCGAACAGCUCGUUCAACGAAGAAUUGAUUUCCUUGGAUCAAAAGAGUCGGCGUUCUUUUCGAAAUUUGGAGACGAUGGUGAUCAGCUCGUCCAACUCCCACUUCAUGUCAUUCUAACCAAUUCAACGGCGCUGUCUCAAUUCUGCGAAUUUCUUAAAUCCGCUGGUGGCCAGAAUUAUAUCGAUUUUUACUUGGCGAUAGAAGGAUUCAAAGUCUCAGUGGAACAUCAAAUGAGAUCACUUUCAAAAGGGGAACUCACAGAAUCGGAUGCAUAUGAAACAGUUAAAGAAGCAGCUAAAUACAUGUAUGAUCAGUAUCUAUCGGAAGAGGCUAUAACCAGAGUUCCGUUGGAUGAUGUCUUAAUAUCGAAGUUUUUACAACGUCUCAAAAACGAUGAGCCACAUGAUCUUUGGUUUGAAGCAAUUCAAGAGAAAGUGUUUGAUGUGUUGAAAACGGAUGAUCACUUCUUCCCCGCAUUCAAAAAAUCAUCUUCUUAUGUGAAAAUGUUGCUGGAAUUAGAGAUUAUUGAUGAGGACCGAAACGAUCCAACGAUGUCUGAAUGCGACUCCGUGACUUCAUUCUCGUCACAAGAACGAUCAGAAGACGAAUCUCGUUGUGAAUCUGCUCUGCGUAAACUAUCUCUAGAAAUGGAUCAAUCUGCUCCAUUAGAAGGGGAACCUGUGAUGACAGCGACAGUAGAAACGCUAGGAAUUGGUCACCAAGGAAAACAGACAUACGCUUUAUAUAAUGUGCGUGUCAGCCGAUGUGUCGAUGGAAUUGAAGUGAGCAGUUGGAAUGUGAUACGACGAUAUUCAGAUUUCCAUACACUCCAUCAAGUUCUCACCCAGAAGUUCCCAAAACUUGCAACUCUAUCAUUCCCCGGAAAGAAGACAUUCAAUAAUUUGGAUACUCAAUUCCUUGAAAAACGUACAAAAGCUCUCAAUCUCUAUCUCUCAUGCAUUCUUCAACCAUCUCUGUUGCGUAACUAUCCGGAUAUGGAUCGCCACGUUUUCGACUUUCUCUCUCAAAAGAAAUAUGCAAAUUCUGAUCCUUUGACCAAAAAAUUGAUGUCUGCAAUGUUUGAUCCUAUUCGAAAUGGAGUCAAAGCAAUGGGAAGUACUGUGAUGGCUGUUCCGGAUCAAGUUUUCGAAGGAGUCACUAAAAUGGGUGCUGGAAUUAAUAAUGCAGCUAAAAUCAUUAUUAAUCCUAUCAGCAACAGUAAUACCUCGAAUAGGCCGCCAGUUAUGGAAACCGAUCGAGUUGCCGCUUCGCUCACCGAUACGGAAGCAGAAAACAUCCCAUUGCGAGUUCUCGUCCUUGUCGUCAGCGAGGUUUUUGGUGCACAAGGAAGUGCGUGGUUGCGUCGUCAACUAGUUACCGUAAUCCGACAUAUUGUUACUCCAUUUGGAACAUCAAUCAACAAACGAAUUGUGGAUAUUGUGAAUUGGCUUACAAGUGAACAACAAGUCGGCGGUUAUUUGCAUUCUUUUCGAAAAUCAAUGUGGCCGAAUGGAGAGUUGGCAGCGGAUUACGUUGAAAAACCACCAGAAUUCCAUCAUAGAACACGUCUCCUGGCUAAAACUUUAAUGUUGUCUUCACUUCCGGAUGAGCUCAGAAUUAUUCUAGGAGCGAAUGUCAGCUAUAAGGGAAUCGAUACGAUAUCAGAAGCAUUCCAAAAUAAGAAUCUGAAUCGACGUCUUCUGUAUGUUCUACUCGAGCGUCUUCUCAUUAAAGUUUUCCCAUCAAAUCGAUUCGAAAAAACAUUCGCCCAACUUCACUCAAAAUCACCGAGAACCAAGAAGAUGUAA